UUCACCAAGGUGCGAUUUUGCUAGAAUGAAGUUAAACUAUACUAAAUAUGGAAAGUAUAUUUAUACAACAUCAGAGUCAUAUAACCUGCUGUAUAAGGGAAUAUAUACAGAAAGACAUGAGUAAUGUUAGACUUUUCAGUUUUAGAACUUCGUUGUCAUUGUCAGACACUACUCCAUUUAGGUGAUCAGUCAUCAUUACCACAGCUGCCUCGGAGGAAAGAGCCUGUGUGAGAAACCAGCAGUAAUAGAGAUGAUACCUGCUGACUCAGUGAUUCAUUUGACUGGUUAUAUUAACUGGAGCAGCAACAGAACAUGGUUGGCCCCUAAACCCCACCCUCCCACUUAACCCACUCUGUUGCUGCCGCCGCUGCUGCUACUGCUGCUGUGAGGACCGCUUUCAGCAUGACAUUUCUGGGAAACAGACACAUCAGCUUGUAGAAUGCACACACUCUGCAGCCUAUGGUUAAGUUUGACGCAGUUACCCUUUUAGUCGUAUGAGUUGUGCAAAGUGAGUUUCCCUUUGUGUCUGCAGGGGUCUGGAGAAAUGAAAGAGACACUCGCAGUAGUGGAUGUGGUCAAGGCUGAAAACUGAUCUUCAGGUCUGUUCCUAAAGAGAAUCAGGCUCUUUAAUUUGUUAUUAAAGAGGUUCUCAAUAGCAAUAAGCCCCUAUGUCCAUAUGCAGUUAAGACAUUAUACAAAGAUACCCAAAAUACGUUUACACAAAGUAAGUAAUCAUAUUUAAUGGUAUUUGUAAUAACAUAAGACUGACAGGUUAGGUGUGAGACUACAUGAGAGAACACCCCACUACGCAAAGCUCCCACCUAUGUGGUUGGAAAGAUGCCCUUUAACAAAAACCGCUAAAUAAACCGUACUUAAGAGUUUACUAAUAAAUGUCUAAUUAACAGAUUAACACCAAAUGCUUCAUGGAAACUGUUGCAACCACAAUCGAACAGCAGGCAAUUGCACCGUAUCCAAGGAAACUGAUCUAAAAGUUGCACACAAAAAAAAGACCACAAUGAUAUGAACGUUUCAGUGAGUGGGGAGGCAUGCAGUGUGUUCAGCUUUCCUGUAAGCUCAUCUCUGAGGUAUUGGUUGGGGUUAAUUCUCACCUCUCUAAUGCACCACUUGUUUCUCAGGCUCUCGCUACUAGUUUGAGAUAAAGAGGCAGUAUGUAAGCCAAUAAUGCAAUUUGAUCCUUUUCAUGUGGCAGUAGCGUCGUCCCACCAAGAAUACUCAGUAUGUUUCUGAAACUGCUGCCUCACUGUUUACUAACAUAUAUUAUGAGUGAGAGACAUGACAAGAAAGGAUUAACAAAGACGAAAUAUUGUAUGUGAAGUCAAUGAUACAAAUAUAAGUCUCUAGGUUUAGUGCUAGUUGUGAAGAAAGCAGUGACAAUAUGUGAAGUAAGUGCAAAACUCCCCAGCAGAGUCAACAUAACAAAAAGAUGUUAAUUGCAUAAUACAAAUCAGUUACAUUUCUCAUGAAAAGUUACACAUUUAAAUACGCAUGUGGUUUCUUGAUGUUUCCUUUGGUGGAAUUUCUGAAAAGGUUGCUUGUGGUCGCCAGUGUAGAGAGGGUCAGCUGACGCCUUUCAUUUUAGACUGUGUAACUGUCAAAAAAAAUGAAAUGAUGAGGUCGAAACAGUGUGAUAUCUAUUGCAAAUAAUUCAAAAUAGUUGUAGAUGGAAUAGGACAGAAAAUAUAUAAAAGGAUAAAUAAGAAUAACUUGAAUUAAUAUGUUAAAGGGUGAUUUAAUGCCAAGUAAUGUGCAGCUGUGUGCAGUUCUUCUUCAUGUGGGAGGGACCUGGGGGGUGGCGAGUGGUUUGACAGCUUAGCCUCUUAAGACAGAGGUGUUCAGAUAAAAGUACACACCUCCUGCAUGCAGAUGCAACACAUUCACAUACAGAGUCUCACCGUUGGACCUGCACCAUGAGCUGUGACCAGAGCUACCCUUUCCCCCAGGUUUUUCUUGUGAAUGGAAGUGGAGGUCCACAGCAGUCUGGCCCGCUUCCAAAUCUCAUCCCCUGCUGGUCCUUCCCACCUGCGCAGGAGAUGGCGAGGAGACAUGGGAAGAGUCGUGGCUGCAUGGGUGUCAGUUAUGGCCUGGUCUUUGUUGUGCUGAUGCUUUUCCUGCUGGUGUUCGCAGCCCUGGGGAUCGGAGCCUGGAAGAUCAUCAACAUCCAGAGAGAACUGCAAGAGAUAAGAAACAACAGCAACAUGGUCGCGAAACCAGAGAAAAAAGUCGGGGGGGCAGAGUUUAAUACACCUCAGAAGCAAACUGGUCUUCCUUGGUGGAAUAGAGGAGCUAAAGAGGACAGACCUGCAGCUCAUGUCAUAGGGAAAUUUGACUCCCAUGUGCUCCCUCACACCUUACGCUGGGAGUCAAAGGCAGGACGGGCGUUCACAUCUGGAGGCGUGUCUUACAGGAGGGAAGAUGGUGGUCUGCAGGUCAAUGAGACCGGACUGUACCACGUUUACUCCAGAGUGGAGAUGUCCUUCACACACUGUCCCAAACCCUCAUUUAAUCACACUGUGUUUGUGAGGAGAGCAGGGCAUCCCAUACCUUUGAGGCUGAUGGUGGCCAAUAAGAAAGGUGUCUGCUCUCAGCAUCAGGGCCCGGCCUGGAACACCGACAGUUAUCUCGCCGCCGCCAUGCAGUUAGAGAAAUAUGACAGAGUUUAUGUGAACGUAUCACAUAUCGCUAAUCUUCAUCAUGAACAUUAUGUCAACUUCUUUGGGCUCUAUAAGAUCUGAAGUGUUCACAUGCUUGGUUUUAAGUGUUUCGUGCAACUUUUAACUAAUUUUACUCAAAUGAAAGAAUGUAAAUUGCUCAGAAUGUCUCAGGCAGGAGUAUAUCUUACUCAUCAGUUUACCCAUAAGAAUUUUAUAUCAAGUGUGUUUCAGUGUGAAAUGUAAUGACAGUAUAAAAAUGAUAUAGGUGAUGAUAUGAAUGGGUUAACACUAAUGGGAUUGUUUGUAGCAUGUCUUAAAUAUUUAUUUUGGUGUAAACCUGAUGCUGUACUGCUGAUAUCUAAAUGUGUGCUUGUCAUAAAAGUGUAGCCUUUAUGAUACUUAUUUUAAGGCAAUUAAUUUAAGUUCCUAUUUUUGAGUUCAUCUGUUAAUGACAUUCAUUGAAACCUGAAAAUAUUUCAUGUUUUAACUGUGUGUCAUAUAAAAUACACCCACAUGAUUUUUGGUCAUGACCACUGGAAAGUAUUUAGAUAAGACACCAACUCAGUGUGGUUUUGGUUUUGGAUCUGUAUCAUGUCUUGUUUUGCUCCUGAUUUUGAGUUUGAUUUCCAUAUAUUCCAUUGUGGUAAAAGUGUGACAGAAGACAUUGUGAUAUGAAAGGUGCUUUUAAUGUCUCUUGCCAAGUUAAAUUAAGGUGUAAAAUUACAGACUGUAACACA